CGUUCCUACAUUAUCCCCACGUGAGACCCGCCAGGCAUCGGGCCACGAUUCUUCUUCUCCUUUGGCAUCUCUCCUUCCACCUGAUGAAGACGAGGACCGUGCCCGUUCCGCGGCGGCUGUAACCAGAGGUCGGUGCGCUUCCACGAGCGCACAAUUUUUCGUCCCCUGGUGGAACACGCAGCCUCCAGACAUCGUUGUUCCGUGGACGUCGAUGAGAAGUGCGAUUGAACUUCGAGCAACGUCGAUUAAUUGCUUCAGAGACUUUGUUAGGCUUGAGGAAUUGUCGUCGAACCAGAGCACGUUGUUUUUGCUGAAGAACUGCCGGGUGAAUGAUUGAGAAUCGAUAGGGGAGACUGAUAUCGAUGUUCAGUGAUUUGUUCCAUUUUUUAAUUGAUUACUAUUAGAUACUAGACGUUUUGGUAUUUGAAAGAUAGUUUAUUUAAGCGUAUCUAGUAUUGAAAAACAGGAUUAAAAAAUUGGUGGUGAUAGUGAGUGUGGUACUGUGCGUUGGGAAGAAGUGAGAAGACCUUGAUGAAAGAUCAUAUGAAGGAAUGAUGAUGACGCGUGGACUAUUUUUUAUCACGGUGGCAGUCGUGCUACUGUCCUCGAUCGACGUCAGCGUUGAGAAGGAUUUGAAAGACGACGUGGAUCUCAACGAUCGUAAAGAAAACAACGAGACGACGGUCACGUCCAUCAAGAUCAACGACGUAGCAUUCAAGAACAGGACGGAUAAACUACGAGAGAGUCAAUUGGAAAAAGUUCGUGCGCUAUUGAGUAAUGGAAGUCGACAAAAUGCCAGCAGGGAACUCAUGCUACCGAAAAGCACGGACAUCGCGAAGGUCAUAUCCGAUGAUCCCACUGGUGAUGAGGAAGGGUUAGAAGAAUUGCCUGAGCCACAAGAAUUGAGAAUUAUAAGGCCCAACCUGCGGAAACGACCUGGUUAUCGACCUCCUCCAAGAAGACCAACUUCUCUAAAUCGAAGAAAUGUCUAUGCAGAUCUAUCGAGAACACCGCUAAUAAGACCACCCAGACGACCCACAGAAGUAAAACGGGAUCCAACAGAAAAAGAAUGUACUUUCUUCACGAAGACAGUUUGUCUCGAAGUAGCUGAUUACCCACACGAGACGAUUACGAGGAGUUUGAGAAGCAACAAGGAGAUGGUCGCUGCAUUGUUGACUGAUUACAAGUCGCAAGAUUUUGACGAAUCUGCCGAAAGUCUUCCGAUUGCAUUGCCCCUGGAAAAUAAAUAUGAGAAUCGAUACGAGAGUAAUGAAAUUAGGAGAAGAUCCGAUGCAAGUUCAUCAUUAGAAAAUGUCGAAGAAGGUUUCACGUGUCCAUCCGUCAUCAAAUAUGCACGACCACAACUAGCUCGAGCCGCUUCCGGUAUUUGGAAAUACAUAAUAAACACCGGCGAACACACGCAAACUCUACGAUUGGAGAAAUGCUCAAACCCGCAGUCGAGCUGCUCUUUCAUAUCAGAGAACUAUCGAUCUUCUUGCAUGCAAGUGUACAAUUACCAUAGACUUUUAACCUGGGAUAAUAAAUUGGGUCUUCACAUGGAUAUUUUCAAAGUUCCAUCUUGCUGUAGUUGCCACGUACACGGUUACGCUGAUAUUUUUCCACCUCAUCAAAAGGACCCAUCACUCAGAAUUAAAGAAUCGUUUCCUGGAUCUGAUUUCGCCACCAGCGAUCAAAAAGAUGACUUUGAAGAGUCUCCGAAAUUAAAUUAUUUAAACAAGUUCCCUUUCGAUUCAUCUGUUGGUUCAAGCAAUAAAAAGCCUACAGUAGAAACUACCCCUAGUAGACCACCGUUUAUUCUACCUGUAAGAACAAGACCCAAGAAACCUUCGUCUACAAGUUCAAGGCCAUUCGAUAAAUUGCCUCAGCAACACGCACCGAAUACUAGAGCACCAGGAUAUACUGGACCAUUACUGAAAGGUUCUAGACCAAGUAGACCCAAUAGACCACCAUAUAGAAGAGAAUCUACGUCUCAUGUUGAGGAACAAACCGAAACUGUGAACAGUACGAUUUUAAAUAGAUACAGUCAACCAUACGAUUUGCAAAUGGACGCAACGUCAAGACUACAAAAUGGUGGUUUCGACGACGAAUAUCAAGAACCGCAGAGGCGAAUCAAUUAUAAUUACCACCCGAUUAUCGACUUUUUCAGACCAGAGGCAAUGAUGUUACAAUCGUCUGAAGAUUCAUCGACAUCGAACCAAAACGAUUCCAAUUCGUGGAAACCUUUGAUUGCAUCUUGAGCGUAAUUUUGCUUCCUUUCGGAGUACCUGAUCGUUUCUUUCUUUUGUAAGAAAUUAUAAUCGUCGGAUGUUCAUCGUGUUUUAACGUUAAUCAACCUUGCAAAAACGAAAGUAUUUAUAUAUAAUAAAUAUAUACGUCGAAAGUAGAUACUACAAUUCGACUUAUUGUUAGUUUCAUAGUUUAUUUUCUGUACUCGCUCGUAUUCGUUGGUGUCCUCCAAUUUCGAUUGAUAAAUCGUUUU